AUCAUCUGUUUUAGACGAUAAAAACAACACGUAGCCCAAAAUAAAAAAAUUGCAAGCAAGUUUUGAUUGUUUUUGCUUUGGAAUAUGAAACACAGCAAUUAGACAAAAAACUACCGAUUAGACAAGAUGAAGGUAGUCCACCUGCUAAUUUGCCUUGUAGCAGCUAUCAUUGAUGUGGCGGUUGUGGCACACGAAGCCAAAGAUUUUGAUGAUUCCAUUUUGUACAAAAUUGAAUUUGCAGUGCCCGAACUGUUGGGAUCGGGUGAACCGGAUCUGAGCAAUCAGCUUAGAACAUUCUAUACGCAGGAUAAGGAGAAAUAUGAAUGUUUGAUACCCACUCUAGAGAAACCCAAAGAGGAGGAAAAAUCGGAUAAGCCAGAGCUGUCUCCCAUUACCUUGUUGCAGCCAAUAUUCUCGGCUCCAACAUGCUCGUAUCGCAUUGAAGCCUAUUGGUCCUAUGAAAUCUGCCAUGGUCAUCAUGUGCGGCAGUAUCACGAGGAGCGGGAGGGCAAAAAUGUUAAGUUCCAGGAAUAUUAUCUGGGCAAAUGGAAUGAGGAGAAAACGGAAUUACUAACUAAAUCCUGGGAUGCUGAGCGUCAGAGCGGAGCCAAACCCAAAUAUAAGACCUUAAGAAUUGAUAAUACACGAUAUCCAUAUUUCGAAAUGGAAUUCACCGAUGGCACAAUGUGCGACAUAAUUGAUGCUCCGCGUACGACAAUGGUGCGUUAUGUGUGCUAUCCGCACGGCAAGGAUGAUAUUUAUUCGUUUAAGGAGACAUCAUCCUGUAACUAUGAGGCUAUUAUUUUGACCUCAUCUUUGUGUGCGAUACCGGGUUUUCAUGCAGAGGAAACGAAAGAGUUGUCCAUCAAGUGUUUCAAUUCGGAUUCGGAGCCACAUAAACCAUUGGGCAUGUUGCGCUGGGAACUAAGCGAGUGGGCCGAGAGCGAAAACGAUUUGCUCUUCUCGAAAGAGAAAGAUUCGGCAAAGGCACCGGCCAAAUUGUGGCCCAAGGCAGAUGGUGAUAUGGUUACGUUUAAGUAUAGUGGAGAUGUGGAUAAAAUAAUUAUGGAGCUAAUGGCCAAUGGUGAUAUCGAGGUCGACAAUGACUAUCAACAGCAUCUUUUAUCCCGAGCUAUGGCCGCAGCAAGUUCUGGAACUGGACCUACGGCAACAAAUGAUCUGACACCCAUUAGAGACUUUAUCUCGGGCAAGAAUUGUCUUACAGGUGGAAACGGCUGGUGGAAAUAUGAAUUUUGCUAUGGUCGUCACGUACGUCAGUUCCACAAGGAUAAAAACAGCGAGGUAGAGCUAUUUCUCGGCUACUUCUCUGAGGAAUCGCAUCGACAGUGGGUUAAUUUAAAUCCCGACAAGGGUAGUCGGCGUCCAGCAUUUACCUCCUCCAUUUGGCAUCAUUAUGAGAAGGGCACACAUUGCGAUCGGACAAAUGCGCCUCGUGAGGUGGAUGUCAAACUUACCUGUAUUCCGGUUACCACAAGCGGCACUGCUGUAUCCAUGUAUUUGUUGGAGCCCAAGACGUGUCAAUAUAUUUUGGUUGUGGAAUCCCCAAUUAUAUGCGAUCUCAUGCAAUAUGCCGAUGUCUAUGGCCUAGUUAAACCAGAAAGUUUACAGAAAGUUAUAGCCGGUGAUAAGGAGACCUCAUCUUCGUCUCCAUCGUCCCCGGCCGUUGCACCAGAAUCACCUGCCACACCCGAAAAUGUCCCAGAGCAAAUCCGUGCUUAGACUCAAGUGUGUGUUAAAAACUAAUUAUAGUCAAUGAUUAAUUAAAAUUAAAUAUCUAUACACAUAUGUAUGUGUGAUUAAUUAAAAUUAAAUAUCUAUACACAUAUGUAUGUGUAACUAUGUAUAUUUAAUGUAAAUUAAUUCAAAUACUUUAAAAUUAAACUGAAGACUUUUUAA